AUGGAGCUUCGGGUGUUUGUUAACGGGAAACCCAGAGAUGUGUGCGGUGUAGAUGAAAACACAACCGCUGAAGAUGUGGUAAACGUCCUAUGUGAAUCUCUCCGCCUUGUUGGAUACUACUGUCUUGUAGCAUUUUGGCGAAAAAAUGAAAUCGUUUUUUCACCAUCUGAAAGUCCUCUCAAUGUUAUUACUAGCUGUGUUGACGAAAUUCAUUCUGGAGCAGAGUUGGCGAACAUCCAAAGCAGUUUCAGUUUGUUCUUCGUCGAACCGAUAUCCACCGACCCCAAAAUCCGACGCGCACGCGAUCCCCCAUCCCUACGUCGCAUCAUCACCGACGAACACUAUCUAAUUCAUCGCAACACGCAUCUUUUCAGAACGCAGCAACAGCUUACAAUCAGCUGCAGGAUCCCAGCCUUAGAAGACCGGAAGACAAAGGCAAAAGUCGCUGCUGCUUUCGCAGGUCGUACUCAGGAAUUGGAUGUUGGCUACGCAGAGGAAUUGCAACAACUUUCCAUAGUCGACUGGAGUCGACGUCUUGAAGAGGCGCGUCAGCACCAAGUUAGCCUUCAAAAUGAGCGCAGUCGGCUCCAACUUGAUCUUCAGCGUUUGGACAAUGAACUUCGACAAGCUCGGAGUAAGGUCCAGAGCCUGGAAUCCGAGAUGGCAAACGAGCUAACCAAUCUCCUAAAUGCAGUUGAGGGAGCGCUGGAGGAGAGACGCAAAAUUGUUGCUGGUCUUUUAGUCGCUUUCGAAGCACCUCAGUUACCGGCGUCGAGUGGAACUAAUCACGUGUGUGACGAAGUGAUGAUCUGA